AUGGAAGAAAAUUUUAUGUCAGAAAGUCCAAUGAUAGAAAGCCUAAUGAUAGGAAGCCCGAUAAAAGGAAGCCUGACAGAAGAAAGCCUGAUGGAAGAAAGUAUGAUAGAAGGAAGCCUAACAGAAGAAAGCCUGAUGGAAAAAAGCACGAUAGAAAAAAACCUAAUGGGCGAAGCAAAUGAAACAGGAGAAGGCUCGGUUUUACGAGAUACUUUAAGAAAACGUAAAAGUAGAAAAAAUGAAUCUUCUCAGCGAUGUGAAACUCACCUUGCACGCGAGCAAGAACUAAAAUGGCGAAAAAGGGCAACAAAGACAUUAUAUAAACUUGAAACAGACCUUAUAGAACUUGAGACAAGCUUUACAGAUGACAGCAACCAGUCAGAAUUUGAUGCGCAUGAUGAUCUACAACGUGAAUUUGAUAUAUCUCAAGAUUAUACACCACCUUCUGCAGUUCUUGAUGCAUAUGAAAAAGUUCUUUUGCAACAGUUUCGUAAUAAAAUGGGGAGGCUAAAACAUACACUUUGUCCUAUAUGCAAUGAAUGUUUUCCGUCAAUAAAUCUUGCUGUGGGAGAAUGUCGUCGCUGUUAUUAUGAGAAAACUUUGCCAAAGAAAUUCUUAUUCGAUAACAAUAUGGAUUCAGGAGAAGUACCUGAAGAGCUUCAAGAACUUAUGAAAAUUGAAGAGAUGUUGAUUGUGCAAGUUUUUCCCAUUAUGGUAGUUUAUAGACUUCGUGGAGAGCAGUAUGGAUAUAGAGGAAAUAUCAUCAAUUUUCCUCAAGAUAUAGAAGAAUUUACCACUCGUCUCCUUUGGCAUCCAUCUUCAUUGAAUAUGCUUAUUGUACAUCGAAUACUUAAUAAUAGUAAUACUACUGAUAGAUUACUUGGCCCAGUCCAAAAAUUAUUGCUUCAUAGUGUUGCUAAACAUGAUAUAUCUUCUCAAGAAACUUGUUAUCUACUUCUUGGAAUCCCUCUUUAUCAUUUAAGCUGUGCCUUUAUAUCAUUAAAUCUUAAUAAAGAAACAUCUUAUUGGCUUCAUGAUACAGAUAUUAGAGAAGAUGAAAAUUAUAAUAAA